UACAUUAAGUAGGUGGUGGGAAGCCAUGUUUGUAGGCAGUGAAUGGUAUUCUCAGUUGCAAAUGUGAAGUUGAGUGGUGUAUUAGAAACGUUUUGAUUUAUCUGAAGUCGGUGCAGAGAAACAUUUCAUGUUGAAGUUAGUGCAACAUUAACCAACAUGUCUCAGAUGUUACCUAUACGUUUUCAAGAGCAUCUACAGCUCACAAAUGUAGGUAUCAACCAAGCAAGUGUGAGCUUCAACACGCUUACAAUGGAGUCGGACAAAUUCAUAUGUGUAAAAGAGAAGGUGGGAGAUACAUCACAAGUGGUAAUCAUUGACAUGGCUGACCCAACUAACCCCAUUCGACGACCUAUUUCUGCAGAUUCUGCCAUUAUGAAUCCAGCCAGCAAGGUCAUUGCCCUCAAGGGCAAGGCAGGAGUUGAAGCCCAGAAAACAUUACAAAUAUUCAACAUUGAAAUGAAGAGCAAGAUGAAAGCUCAUACAAUGGCAGAAGAUGUUAUUUUUUGGAAGUGGAUUUCCCUGAACACUCUUGCCUUGGUUACAGAAUCCUCAGUUUUUCACUGGAGUAUGGAAGGCGAUUCAGUCCCACAGAAAAUGUUUGAUCGUCAUUCCAGCCUUAAUGGCUGUCAAAUAAUCAACUACCGAACUGAUCCAAAACAGACGUGGUUGCUUCUCAUUGGAAUAUCAGCUCAGCAAAAUCGUGUGGUGGGAGCAAUGCAACUGUACUCGGUUGAGCGGAAAUGCUCGCAACCCAUAGAAGGUCAUGCAGCAUCAUUUGCACAGUUCAAAAUGGAAGGAAAUGCAGAACAAUCUACUCUUUUCUGCUUCGCAGUUCGAACAGUACAGGGUGGAAAGCUUCACAUCAUUGAAGUGGGACAGCCUCCAGCUGGAAAUCAACCUUUUGCCAAGAAAGCUGUUGAUGUUUUCUUUCCACCUGAGGCACAGAAUGAUUUUCCUGUGGCUAUGCAGGUGAGCGCCAAAUAUGAUGUGAUUUAUCUCAUCACAAAGUAUGGCUACAUUCACCUGUAUGACAUAGAAUCUGCUACGUGCAUCUAUAUGAACCGUAUCAGUGGAGACACCAUCUUUGUAACUGCACCACAUGAGGCAUCAGGAGGGAUUAUUGGUGUCAACCGGAAGGGACAGGUUUUAUCAGUGAGUGUGGAGGAAGAUAACAUCAUCCCCUAUGUUAAUAGUGUUCUUCAGAACCCUGAUCUGGCACUUCGUAUGGCUGUGAGGAACAACUUGGCAGGUGCCGAAGAUUUGUUUGUGCGGAAGUUCAACUUGCUUUUCCAGAAUGGCCAAUAUGCUGAAGCAGCAAAGGUAGCAGCAAAUGCACCAAAAGGUAUCCUGCGUACCCCCCAGACAAUUCAGAGGUUCCAACAAGUUCCGACACCUCAGGGACAAACAUCACCUCUGUUGCAGUAUUUUGGAAUAUUGUUGGAUCAGGGUCAGUUGAAUAAGUAUGAAUCCCUGGAACUAUGCCGACCAGUUUUGCAGCAGGGUCGGAAACAGUUGCUUGAAAAAUGGCUCAAAGAAGAUAAAUUAGAAUGUUCAGAAGAAUUGGGAGAUCUAGUAAAACAAGCUGAUCCAACGUUAGCGCUGUCUGUAUAUCUUCGAGCCAAUGUACCAAACAAGGUUAUUCAAUGUUUUGCAGAGACAGGUCAGUUCCAGAAGAUUGUUUUAUAUGCUAAGAAAGUGGGGUACACACCAGAUUAUGUCUUCCUUCUACGUAAUGUGAUGCGAGUGAAUCCUGACCAAGGCGUUGCAUUUGCUCAGAUGUUGGUUCAGGAUGACGAGCCUCUUGCUGAUAUCAACCAGAUUGUUGACAUCUUCAUGGAGCAGAACAUGGUCCAGCAGUGCACAGCAUUCUUGCUGGAUGCCUUAAAGAAUAACCGUCCAUCAGAAGGUCCGCUCCAGACAAGACUUCUUGAAAUGAAUUUGAUGUCAGCACCUCAGGUAGCAGAUGCCAUACUUGGAAAUCAGAUGUUCACUCAUUAUGACCGUGCCCAUGUUGCUCAGCUGUGUGAGAAGGCAGGACUUCUGCAGAGAGCUUUGGAACACUACACAGAUCUGUAUGACAUCAAGCGUGCUGUAGUUCAUACUCACCUACUGAAUCCUGAAUGGUUGGUUGGUUAUUUUGGAACUCUGUCAGUGGAGGACUCACUCGAGUGUCUGAAAGCCAUGCUGACAGCAAACAUUAGGCAAAACCUUCAGAUAUGUGUCCAGAUUGCAACAAAAUACCAUGAGCAGCUGACAACUAAAGCUCUUAUUGAUCUUUUUGAGUCAUUCAAGAGCUAUGAAGGCCUGUUCUACUUCCUAGGUUCUAUUGUGAAUUUCAGCCAAGAUCAAGAAGUUCAUUUCAAGUACAUUCAGGCAGCAUGCAAGACUGGGCAAAUCAAAGAAGUGGAGAGGAUAUGCCGGGAGUCUAAUUGCUACAGUCCGGAAAGAGUUAAAAAUUUUCUAAAGGAAGCCAAACUCACAGAUCAGCUUCCUCUCAUUAUAGUGUGUGAUCGUUUUGACUUUGUACACGACCUUGUCCUCUAUUUGUAUCGCAACAGUUUACAGAAAUACAUUGAGAUUUAUGUCCAGAAGGUUAAUCCAUCACGACUGCCAGUUGUAAUUGGUGGCCUUUUGGAUGUUGACUGCUCUGAGGACAUAAUUAAGAACUUGAUAUUAGUGGUCAGAGGUCAGUUUUCCACUGAUGAAUUGGUAGAGGAAGUGGAGAAGAGAAACCGCUUAAAGCUGCUAUUACCAUGGCUUGAGUCUAGAGUUCAUGAGGGUUGUGUUGAACCUGCUACCCAUAAUGCACUUGCCAAAAUCUACAUUGACAGUAACAACAAUCCUGAGAGAUUUCUGAAAGAAAAUCAGUUUUAUGACAGUCGAGUAGUUGGCAAGUAUUGUGAAAAACGGGAUCCUCAUUUAGCAUGUGUAGCAUAUGAAAGAGGGCAGUGUGAUCGGGAACUGAUAAAUGUGUGCAAUGAGAACUCCCUCUUCAAGUCAGAAGCAAGGUAUUUGGUGCGAAGGCGUAAUCCUGAACUUUGGACUGAAGUCCUAAAUGAGAGCAAUCCCUUUAAGAGACCUUUAAUAGACCAAGUGGUUCAAACAGCACUCUCAGAAACGCAAGAUCCAGAAGAUAUUUCUGUAACAGUAAAAGCCUUCAUGACAGCAGAUCUGCCCAAUGAACUAAUUGAACUUCUAGAAAAGAUUGUUCUUGACAACUCUGUAUUUAGUGAUCACAGGAACUUACAGAACCUGCUCAUCUUGACGGCAAUCAAAGCAGAUAGAACACGUGUCAUGGAAUAUAUCAACAGGUUGGAUAAUUAUGAUGCUCCUGAUAUUGCCAACAUUGCAAUAAACAAUCAGUUAUAUGAGGAAGCAUUUGCUAUAUUCAAGAAGUUUGAUGUAAACACAUCUGCAAUUCAGGUUCUGAUUGAUAAUGUCAACAACUUGGAUCGAGCAUAUGAAUUUGCCGAAAGAUGUAAUGAGCCCGCUGUGUGGAGCCAGCUGGCCAAAGCUCAGCUGCAGCAGGGUCUUGUCAAGGAAGCAAUUGAUUCUUUCAUUAAGGCAGAUGACCCAUCAGCUUACAUUGAUGUUGUGGAAACUGCUCACAAAACAGAAAGUUGGGAGGACUUGGUACGAUACCUUCAGAUGGCACGGAAGAAGGCACGCGAGUCAUAUAUUGAAUCUGAACUGAUUUACGCAUAUGCAAGAACUAACCGCUUGGCUGACCUUGAAGAAUUCAUCUCUGGCCCUAAUCAUGCUGAUAUCCAGAAGAUUGGUGAUAGAUGUUUUGAAGAUGGAAUGUAUGAUGCAGCCAAGCUUUUGUAUAACAAUGUGUCAAAUUUUGCCCGUCUUGCUAUUACUCUUGUCCAUCUCAAAGAAUUUCAAGGAGCUGUGGAUGGUGCUAGGAAGGCAAACAGCACACGGACGUGGAAGGAGGUGUGCUUUGCUUGUGUAGAUAGUGAAGAGUUCCGCUUGGCCCAGAUGUGUGGCCUUCACAUUGUAGUACAUGCAGAUGAAUUAGAAGACCUAAUUAAUUAUUAUCAGGAUCGGGGCUAUUUUGAAGAAUUGAUAAACUUACUGGAGGCAGCACUUGGUUUGGAGAGGGCACAUAUGGGCAUGUUUACAGAACUAGCCAUCCUGUACUCCAAGUACAAACCUGCAAAGAUGAAAGAGCAUCUGGAACUUUUUUGGUCUCGAGUCAACAUUCCCAAGGUAUUACGAGCAGCAGAACAGGCACACUUGUGGGCAGAGUUGGUGUUCCUGUAUGAUAAAUAUGAAGAGUAUGACAAUGCUGUGAUUGCCAUGAUGAACCAUCCAAGUGAAGCAUGGAGGGAAGGACAUUUCAAGGACAUCAUCACAAAGGUUGCUAACAUUGAGCUCUACUACAAGGCAAUCCAGUUCUACUUGGAUUAUAAACCAUUGCUUCUGAAUGAUGUAUUGCUGGUUUUGGCACCUCGCAUGGAUCACACAAGAGCUGUCAAUUUCUUUACAAAGGUAAAUCAUCUGCAACUAGUGAAACCAUACCUUCGCUCAGUUCAGAGUCUGAACAAUAAAGCAAUUAAUGAGGCACUCAACAAUUUGUUAAUUGAAGAAGAAGAUUACCAAGGGCUUCGUACCUCAAUUGACGCCUUUGAUAACUUUGACAACAUCGCACUGGCUCAGAAACUGGAGAAGCAUGAACUGAUUGAGUUUCGACGCAUUGCUGCUUAUCUUUAUAAGGGCAACAACCGUUGGAAACAAUCGGUCGAGCUCUGCAAGAAGGAUCGGUUAUUCAAGGAUGCUAUGGAGUAUGCAGCUGAAUCAAAGAAUGCAGAGGUAGCAGAGGAAUUGUUGGCAUGGUUCCUAGAAAAGGGGAGCCAUGAUUGUUUUGCUGCUUGUUUGUUUCAAUGUUAUGAUCUGUUGCACCCUGAUGUUAUCUUGGAAUUGGCUUGGAGACACAACAUUAUGGACUUCGCCAUGCCAUAUCUUAUCCAGGUCACCAGAGAAUACAUAAGUAAGGUUGAUAAGCUUGAAGAGUCUGAAUCCCAGAGGCUGGAAGAGACUGCACAACAAGACCACAAGCCUAUGAUAAUGCCUGAGCCUCAGUUAAUGUUAACUGCAGGUCCAGGAAUGAUUGGCCCUGGUUACACCCCAGGAUACCCAAAUGCAUAUGCUCCAGGCAUGCCAUACCAAGGCUACAGUAUGUAGACUGACCCACAAGACUGCUACAAGUAGAUCGAACAACCUUCAGAUGUGCUCCAUGGUAGUCAGCUUUAAGAAGUAGCUGAGAGAAGUGGUUCCAAUAUUUACUUCCAGGCUCACCUGUAAAUCUGGAAGGUAACCACUUACAGUUCACAAUAAAACAAUAUGCAAAUUUUUA